AUGUCUCAAACAGUCACUGCCUCAACAUCCUCAAUGCUUUGCAGACGAUCUUCUAGCCCUAAGCAAGAAACAAUUAAUAUUGUGAAUGAUGUGAGAGAAGAGACUCCUGCGAAUAUGACAAAAGGAGGUAUUCAUGCACUUUUGAAGUGGAAUCCGACCUUGUGUUUGGAGAAUAAAGCAAGUGUGGCGAGAGAUCAUUUGGCUAACGAAAGAACAUUUCUAGCAUGGCUACGUACAUCUCUCUCUUUUGUGAGCAUCGGCAUUGCCGUCACACAACUCUUCCGCCUAAAUCCUUCGAAACAUGACCAUUCAGAAAAAGAUGUCGUUGGCAAAGCUAUAGGGAUAACGUUUACUGUUCUCGGAAUAAUAUUCCUUGUUCUCGGCAUUACAAGAUAUUUCCAUUCACAGCAUACACUGACGAUGGGUGAAUUUCCAGCAAGUAGGGGAGGGGUUGUAGUUGGGGCUGGCCUGACAUUGAUUACUUUGUCUGGAUGUAUGAUUGCUCUGUUAAUCGUGGAAAAGACUUGA